GGACACGAACUUCCGGUCCCAGGAGCCCUGGACCACAGAGACGGCACCAGUGUUGGCCUAGAGAAGCCACUGCCUGACGGGAGGGGAGGGGUAGCUUCCGCUCAGCCGAGAGGCAAGAUGGCCACGGCUGGGGGCAGCUCUGUGGCCGACCCGGGGAGUCGGAGACUUCGCCUUGUGUCUUUCUGCGUCCUGCUGGCAGGUUUCUGCAGGGGGAAUUCAGUGGAGAGGAAGAUCUACAUCUCCUUAAAUAAAACAGCUCCUUGUGUCCGUUUGCUCAAUGCCACUCAUCAGAUUGGCUGCCAGUCUUCCGUCAGUGGGGACACAGGAGUCAUCCACGUAGUGGAGAAGGAAGAGGACCUGCAGUGGGUGUUGGCCGACGGCCCCAACCCCCCUUAUGUGGUUCUGCUGGAGGGCACGCUCUUCACCAGGACCCUGAUGGAGAAGCUGAAGGGGAGAACCAGCCGCAUUGCUGGCCUGGCCGUGUCCUUGGCCAAGCCCAGCCCCACCUCAGGCUUCUCUCCUAGCGUGCAGUGUCCCAAUGAUGGGUUUGGCAUCUACUCCAACUCCUACGGGCCAGAAUUUGCUCACUGCAGAGAAAUCCAGUGGAACCCCCUGGGUGAUGGCUUGGCUUAUGAAGACUUCAGUUUCCCCAUCUUCCUUCUUGAAGAUGAAAAUGAAACGAAGGUCAUCAAGCAGUGCUAUCGCGAUCACAACCUGAGUCCAAACGGCUCAGCGCCUGCCUUCCCGCUGUGCGCCAUGCAGCUCUUCUCCCACAUGCACGCCGUCAUCAGCACUGUCACCUGCAUGCGGCGCAGCUCCAUCCAGAGCACCUUCAGCAUCAACCCAGAAAUCGUCUGUGACCCCCUGUCCGACUACAAUGUAUGGAGCAUGCUUAAGCCUAUAAAUAUAUCUGGGACACUAGAGCCCGACGACAAGGUUGUGGUUGCUGCGACCCGGCUGGACAGUCGUUCCUUUUUCUGGAAUGUGGCCCCAGGGGCUGAAAGUGCCGUGGCCUCCUUCGUUACCCAGCUGGCUGCUGCUGAAGCUUUGCAGAAGGCCCCUGAUGUGGCCACCCUUCCCCGCAAUGUCAUGUUCGUCUUCUUCCAAGGGGAAACUUUUGACUACAUUGGCAGCUCAAGAAUGGUCUACGACAUGGAGAAGGGCAAGUUCCCUGUGCAGUUAGAGAACAUUGAGUCGUUCGUGGAGCUGGGGCAGGUGGCCUUAAGAAAUUCACUAGAGCUUUGGAUGCACACAGACCCCAUGUCUCAGAAAAAUGGGUCCGUACAGAAUCAGGUGGAGGCCCUGCUGAGCACGCUGGAGAGGAGCGGCGCCGGCGUCCCUGCUGUGGCCCUCCGGAGGCUGAACCAGUCCCAGCCCCUCCCACCGUCGUCUCUGCAGCGCUUUCUUCGGGCUCGGAACAUCUCCGGCGUUGUUCUCACGGACCACUCCACUGUCUUCCAUAACCACUACUACCAGAGCAUCUACGACACUGCGGAGAACAUUAAUGUCAGCUACCCUGAGUGGCAGAGCCCUGAGGAGGACCUGAACUUUGUGACCGACACUGCCAAGGCCCUGGCAGGUGUGGCCACAGUGCUGGGACGAGCGCUGUACCAGCUCGCAGGAGGAACCAACUUCAGCGACAGCAUCCAGGCCGAUGCCCACACGGUUACCCGCCUGCUCUAUGGGUUCCUGGUCAGAGCCAACAACUCCUGGUUCCAGUCUAUCCUCAGGCAGGACCUAAGGUCCUACUUGGGUGACGGGCCCCUUCAGCAUUACAUCGCUGUCUCCAGCCCCACCAACACCACUUACGUGGUACAGUACGCCUUGGCGAAUCUGACCGGCCAGCUGGUCGACCUUACCCGAGAGCAGUGCCAGGAUCCAAGUAAAGUCCCCACUGAAAACAAGGAUCUGUAUGAGUACGUGUGGGUCCAGGGCCUUCUGAAUUCCAGCGAGACGGACCGGCUGCCUCGCUGUGUGCGUUCCACGGCACGACUGGCCCGGGCCCUGUCCCCCGCCUUUGAACUGAGGCAGUGGGGCUCUACUGAGUACUCCACGUGGACCGAGAGCCGCUGGAAAGACAUCCGAGCCCGCAUAUUUCUGAUAGCCAGCAGAGAGCUGGAGUUCAUCACCCUGACGGUGGGCUUCGGCACCCUCAUCUUCUCUCUGGUCGUCACCUACUGCAUCAACGCCAAGGCCGACGUCCUCUUCAUUGCCCCCCGGGAGCCGGGAGCUGUGUCUUACUAAAGAGGAGCCCAGCUUUCCCCACCAGCUCUACUGUUCAUGUCCUAGACCACGUGUCCCACGGGGACAUAAACCCCUAGUUUGUCACUGCAACCUCUCUGGGCCUGCUCAGACUGGAAUUGAUGUAAAGAAGUGGAACCGCCCAGAAGAGACAGGGAGAAGUCACCUGUCCUCUCCGGCUCCCCCUGCCCGUCUGCCCCUCCAUGGUUCAUCCUCACCCCUGCCAGAUUCUGGGAUGGGAAACAGAAGCUUCUUACUCCUGUUCGACUCCUAGCUGCGCCCCCUCACUUACCUUCUUCAGGGUCCCCCUUCUCUCCAUCCUGCCAGGACCGCCCUCCCCACCCCACCCCACCCCGUACCCAGCCAUUUCCCGUUUCCUGACCAGGAAGAAGGACAGGAAGGCCGAAUGCCGGGGACAAACUACGAGGAAGCCCGAGGAGCAGGCCGGGCCCUCUGGGGGCCAUGCCCACCGUCUCCCGGGUCGGGAGUCCUGUCCCCAGACCCUUAGCGGGCACAGCAGUGGGGCGGGCUGCUGGGUGGGUGUCCCACCUCCGGCUCACAGUGCUCAGUUGUAAUUUUAUUGAGCUGUAAUAUCUAUUUUUGCUUUCUUUUUUCCUUUGUGUGUGUGAGUCUGUGUGUGUGUAAAUAUAUAAAUAGCAAGUUUCAAUAAAAUAGACUGUCCCAC